AGGCGGCUCCCCUGCCUGAGAAUGUGACCCCGGGCGCUGGGCAAGUGGCAGACUUAAUCCCAGUGAGUCGCCAGCGCGAAGAGCAGCAGGAGCAGAAACAGGAGGCGGCGGCGGCGGCGCACCUGUCACCUACAAUCAGGCCACGCGUUCCCUGAGGAGGUCAGCCGGCAUGGCAGAGGCGCGAGAGGCGGCGGCGGCGGCGGAGGAAGGCGGGGAGGCGAACACAGAGGAGGACCGAGCCCGCGCCGAGCCCGAGGGGAGCGGCGUCGAGGCGGGAAGAGGGCCCCCCGAGGAGCGGGAGGGCGCGGCGGGAGCCGAAAGCCUGGAGGGAGAAGCCCAGGGCCCCGAGGCAAGGGAAGAGGGGCAGCCCGGCGCCCGAGGAGGAGGAGGAGGCGAAGAAGGGGCUCCCGGGACGCAGGGCCCAGAGCGGGAGGAAGAGGAGAGCGAAGGGCAGGAGGCUGAAGGGGUCGAGGAGGCCGGCGGAGAGGAACCGGACGAGACCGAGGCGCAGGGGGAGGGGGCCCAGGUGAAAGGCAAGCCUGAGCGAGAGGAGCAAGGAAACGGGGGGGAGGCAGAACACGAGGAGCAAAGGGCAGGCGGAGAGGGAGCCCCCAAGGAAGAAGGUGCUGCCCUUGAGCCCCAGGAGGAGGCCCAGGGCGCGGAGGGAGCGGGAGAGGGGGCUCCAAAGGGAGAGAGUCCCGCUCCUGAGUCCCGAGAGGAGGGGGAAGGGGGGCUGGAGGCUCCCACUGAGCCCCAAGGCGAUGCUGCCGAGGGUCAGGGGGAAGGCGAGGCGGAGAGCGCCCCGAGGGAAGGAGACGCCGCCUCUGUUGAAGCCCCUGCGCAUCUUGAGGGGGAUCCGAAGGAAGGAGGCGAAGAGGCCGCCCUUGAGCACCAGGAGGGCGCGGAGGAAGGGGGAGAGGGAGCCCCAGGAGGAGGAGAUGCCGCCCCCGAGCCCCAGGAGGAGGAAGCUGCGGAGGCAGUGGCCCAGGAAGGCAGCGAGGGAGCCCCAGGAGGAGGAGAUGUCCCCCCUGAGCCCCAGGAGGAGGAAGCCGAGGAGGUAGGAGCCCAGGAAGGCAGCGAGGGAGCCCCAGGAGGAGGAGAUGCCGCCCCCGAGCCCCAGGAGGAGGAAGCCGAGGAGGUAGGAGCCCAGGAAGGCAGCGAGGGAGCCCCAGGAGGAGGAGAUGCCCCCCCUGAGCCCCAGGAGGAGGAAGCUGCGGAGGCAGGAGCCCAGGAAGGCAGCGAGGGAGCCCCAGGAGGAGGAGAUGCUGCCCCCGAGCCCCAGGAGGAGGAAGCCGAGGAGGUAGGAGCCCAGGAAGGGGGAGAGGGAGCCCCAGGAGGAGGAGAUGUCCCCCCUGAGCCCCAGGAGGAGGAAGCCGCGGAGGCAGGAGCCCAGGAAGGCAGCGAGGGAGCCCCAGGAGGAGGCUCUCCCGCCCCCGAGCCCCAGGGAGAUGCAGAGAAGGGCGCCACAGAAGAAGACGCGGGAGCGGAGGAAAGAUCCUCCGAGGUGGUGUCCGCAGAAGCCCCGACGUUAGAAGAAGUUCAACUGGAAGGAGGCUCCUCCAGCGACGCUCAAAGGGAGGAGAGGAGGGCUUCCGUCGGUGGGGAAAACGCAGGGGAGGGCACCCCUAAUGAAGAAGAAGCCGCCGUCGCUGACGAACCCCAAGGGGACCCUAAGGUAUCAGAGGAGGAGCAGGGCCACCACGGCCAGGGACUCUCUUCAGGGGCCCAGGAAAGAGAAGCUGCCCUGGAGGUGAACGGCGUGCAAGGAAAGGAGGAGGAGAUGGAGGAAGAUGCGGCGGAGGGAGAGCCCGUCCCGCUCGGCCCGCCUCUGGAGGAGAAGCAGGAGCACGACAUCUCCCUCUUCGUCAAGGCUGGCAGUGAUGGGGAAAGUAUUGGAAACUGUCCAUUUUCUCAGCGCCUCUUCAUGAUUCUGUGGUUGAAGGGGGUUAUUUUUAAUGUUACAACUGUGGAUUUGAAGCGGAAGCCCGCAGACUUACAGAAAUUAGCUCCAGGAACAAACCCUCCUUUUAUGACUUUUGAUGGCGAUGUGAAAAUAGAUGUAAAUAAAAUCGAGGAGUUCUUAGAAGAAAAACUAGCACCACCCAGAUAUCCUAAACUUGCACCAACUCAUCUGGACUCUUACUCUGCAGGAAAUGACGUGUUUGCUAAAUUUUCUGCAUUCAUAAAAAACACAAGGAAAGAUGCCAAUGAAAAUUUAGAGAAAGCAUUGCUUAAGGCUCUAAGGAAAUUGAAUACAUACUUAAAUACCCCUUUACCUGAAGAAAUUGAUGCAUAUAGCACUGAAGAGCUCCCUGUUUCCAGAAGGAAAUUCCUAGAUGGAGAUGACCUUACAUUGGCAGACUGCAAUCUCUUGCCCAAACUCCACAUCAUCAAGAUUGUGGCAAAGAAAUACAGAAAUUUUGAAUUUCCAUCUGAAAUGACUGGAGUUUGGAGAUACUUGAACAAUGCAUAUGCUAGAGAUGAGUUCACAAAUACUUGUCCUGCAGAUCGGGAAAUAGAGUUUGCCUAUCUGGAUGUUGCAAAAAGAAUGAAAUAAAUGAAUAUUUUUCUAUAUCUAUAUUCCUUCAGUUUAAAAAACAACAAGAUGCGAAAUCUCCUUAGCUGCACAGUUUUAAAUUCUGAAAUUGGCCAGCUCAACAUAUUUUAUUGAUCUAUUCAUUCCAAUAUAGUAUAUUUAUAUAUGUAUAUAUUCCACUCUAUACAUAUAUUAUACGCAAGCAGAUGUUGGUAAAAAUUAUAUUUGCAUAAUAGAUUAAAGUUCAAAAUAUUUCAGACAUUUCAGAUCUAGAUUACAUAGUAAUUACAAAUAUUAGACUUCAGAUAAAUAUCCAGAGUACCACAAAAGUAGCAGAAGCUCAUGUUAAAAAUAUGCAAUCCUAUAUGCCUUAUUGUUAUAAUUAUCAGAUAUUGAUGAUACUUCAAUUUCAUCACACUCUGUGUCAACCACUGCAAAUUAGUAACACUUGCACACACCAUUGGGAUUUGACACAAACCAUCUUGGGUUGAAGUCAGUAGUAAAUCACCUCUAGAUUCUAAUGAACAUGAAUUACACUAUUUACAGCAUCAGAGAAGUUCAGUAGCAAACAAAUUGGAAUUUGUGGUUCCAUUCCUUAAACUUCAACAAGAUGUAGCUGCUCUUAAUGUGUUCAUCAUAUGCCUUUAUACUCCAUCAGUACUAUAGCUAAUGUGCUGCAAAAAUUGGUUUCCACAUUGUGUGGUUUGUAGCCCUAGAAUUUGCUGCAUCACCUCCCAGUACCUUGGGAUGGGGAAUACAGAUAACAAUGGCAAUGCAAUAUUGUAGAAUUUGGUACUGUAGCAAUAUUAUCAUAACAUGAUUAAUUUGACAUAUACCUGUCAAAGAAGGUUCUCCAAGCUUUUUGCAUCUGAUCCUAGUGAUGUUCACUUAAGGAAAAGAAAAAGGCAGUCCGCAUAUGCAAAAGGGCUUGGUAUUGCACACAUUCCAGUCUGUGUUGCCUGCGAUUCCCAAACAGCCCCAAGAGCAGAACUCAUCAACUCUCUUGCUGUUUCUGCUCUGCCCUAAAUGAGAGAUAAUUGCUUCUCACUAUUUGUAUCAUAAUUUAUUUCAAAGCUGCUGCCAAAUUUCUUUGUUGACUAAAGUUUUUUAAAGUAUUCUGAACUGCAGAACCUACCUAGACCAGACUAGAUGAUUUCCAAGAUCAUUUCAAGCUUUCUAAUUCUGAUAAAGAAGAAAAUAAAGCUUAUUUUCUCUCUCUCUUAUGUGUAUGUUACAACCUCUGUGAAGAAUAAAGGUUUCUGUCCUUGUUGUGUGACCCUAUUAAUACCAUUCCAUAAAAAGUCUGGAGUUUGUAAACCAAAAUUUUAAAGAAACAUUAUAUUUGACAUGAUUUGAAACUCCUUCCAUAGUUGUUGUUUGGAUGGCUUAUUCUUACUUGCUGUAGUCAAUCAAGUGACAAGCAUGUGUCCACCAAUGGUCAAUAGUAAACAUGGUUCAUUUUUGAAGAAAUUGAACCAUAUAUUGCUCAGUCUUGAAGGGAAAAGAGUUUCUCAUUUCUGGAUCAGAAUUUUUUAGAAAGUUCUUGAAAGAUAUACAUUAUUCAGGAAGAAGUUCUCUGGUCUUGUUUAUAUGUACUGCUACUAAACCAUAAUCAAAUUAGUAAUCUACUUAUUAGAUUUCAGUACAAUGGGCAUGAUAAGAAUGAAACUGCCGUGAACUUGAUCGCUUCAGCUUCCCAUCUUAAUUUCUUAUGCAGCCAAUAUCUUUGCCAGAGUUUUGUUUUGAUAUCCACAAGAGCUAGUUCGUUAUUAUACAAGCUAGAGGUCAUGUCUCAAACAAAGGGUGGUUUAUUUAACAAUUCAGCUUCAGUACCAAGGGUUUUCAUUGGUUUCUUUAGUUCACUUUCAGUGUUUAAAAAAUUAAUAUGUCCACAUCAAUUAUCUAAACUCAACUGGUUAUUUAUACCCAAACUCCUAGCAGUUCUCUCCAUUAUCAAACUAUGCAGCUCUUUGUUUUCCUGUACUGUAUAGAUGUUUCUAUAGGAUAUAUAAUUAAAUAUGUAUUUGCUAAAGUGAAUAUAUUUUUAGAAUAUAUUUUAGACAUUUUCAAUUCAAAAAUGUCUAAUUUUCUUACCAACUUUAUUACAAUGAGCAUUUUCUUUUAAUUUAAUAACUAAAUGUAUUAUACAGCUGCACUCAAUGAUUAUGAAAUUUACUUUGUAUAUCUUUCAUAUUUCUCAUGAUUAAUUUUAACAGUGUUAAAUGAUGGCUUUUUGCUUCUAUCUUUGAUUAGAAACUAUUUGAAAAGGAAGUUGUUUCAUAUGUCAAGAUUAAAUGGUGGGUUUGAUAUUUUAGUACUCAACAUAUUGCUAACGGUUCAUAUAUAUAAACUACAUAUUUAAUCAGUGUAGUUGUUUAAUAUGCCUUAUAAUUUUUUAAACAGAAAAUAUAAUUUUGACCUAAAUAUUUUGUCCUGUGUUUAUUUUCAUGUAGUUGAUUAGGGAAGAUGUAAACAUACCAAUAGUUGUAUGCUGCUUUGUGCCUUCAAGUCAACUGACUUACAGUUAGUGACCUGUCAUACCAUCAUAGGGUUUUCAUGGCAAGAAUUUUUCAGAGUAGGUUUGGCAUUGCCUUUCUCUCAGGCUGAGAGAGUGUGACUUGCCCAAGAUCACCCAUGAGCUUCAGUGGCUGGACUCCCAGUCCAACAUUCAGAUAGCUGUGCCCCAUUGGUGCAGACCUUCAUAUGGCAUCAUAUUUAUGGACCAGUUCUAAUGUUGGUACUGUUGCUGUUAGAUUUUCUUUGUCUGAAAUGUAUUGUUACAGGAUUAUCUGAACCUUUCCUGUGCAUCAGAGGAAGUGUGGGAUUCAUGUAGUUCUGAACAUGAGAGUAUUACUAAUACCUUCACCUUGUUCAUUGCAACAAAUAGGCAUACUAAUAGAUCUUCCUUGCAUAUCAGCAAACUAAAUCCUGGAAAUUACAUGGUAUACUUUUUUUCAAUGUAUAAUUUGAAGAAACAAGUUUGCUUAUUAUGUAGGUAUUCAAGUUCUGUAACAUGAUUUGUAUAAAAUUAUUUUAUUUUUAUGUUUGAAAUAAAAAUAACUGACACAAGUCUUAAA